CGAAUUUGUACUGUCAUUCGGUUCUUUUACUUGUCAACAUGUCAAAAUUAUUUGUAUAUUUGUUCUUCCCAAUCACAUAAUUGGAUUACAGUUUAUCUGUGCAGUUGCUAGCAACUGGUCAGAAAAUGCGUGUCCAUAUAAGCUCACACUUUAAUACCCACACUCUCAGUGCCGUCAUCAGUCAUCAAUCGGUCAAUCAACCAACCAAACAGUUUUCAAUCAAUCAACCAUCAUUCAGUAAGAAACAACAUGGCCAAUAAGGACUUACCAGCUCAGCUCAGAAAAAUGCGACGAAUAUUCCAGCAGUUCGACCGACGUGGAGAUGGCAAAAUUGGACUUUCGCAAUUGGGCGACUGCCUACGCAUUCUGGGUGCCAAUCCCAGUGAGAAGAGCAUACGUCAGCACACCCGACAAUUGCGUGAUAGCCAAAUCGAACGCAUUUCCUUUGAUGAGGUCAUGUCGAUCUAUGAGAGCAUCAUGUCACUGGCUGCAGUUCAUCAGGCUGGACCAGGCUCAGUGGCCGAUCAGCUAAUAUUAGGCCUACGAUUAUUCGAUGAGCAGAAUACCGGCUAUAUACAAGCGGCCUGGCUUGGACGUAUAUUGACCAGUUGUGGCGAGCAUCUAACCCAGGAUGAGAUGAAGGAACUCUUGGCCAAUCGCGUGAAUGAUCAGGGAUUGGUGAACUAUGUCGAGCUUGUGCAUGCAAUUACAACAACCAAUGCCGACAGUAAUAACUCAUCUUACACACAGCAAUAGACAGGAUAUAUAUAAGUAUAAAAAAAAAACGGAUUGUAUAAUGAAUGACAUGAAAACUAAACAGCAUGACUUUUAAGUGUAAUGGAUGUUGAUGUUUGUUCAAAGAGCCAAUUUGAUUCUUUGUACCCUUGUGGCAACAUACGUUUAAGAUAUAGUACAUAAUACAUAUUGAUUUAAGAAAAGCCUAGUAAUGCAAUCCCGAGAUCGUUGAUUCCAUUCAUAAUACAUGUUUUGAUAGCAAGGACAAGCUGAUUCGUAUCUUCAUACAUGUUCCAAUUCUGCCGACAUAUACUGAUUCAGUUUUGAAGAGGAUGAGAGUAUGCUGCACAUUUCAAUGGAAACAAGUCAUGUCAAAUCGAAAUGAAAAUUGAGUACAACCAUCGAAUAAAAUUGGCAAGUAAUAAAUUGAUGUCUCGAUGUGCAGAAAUA